GAUCGGAAUUGCGAUCGUUAUCGUAAUGGAAUGGAGCCAUGGAGCAGUCGCAGCGGGAGCCGAAGUCGAGCGACUUCCAUUGGAUCAUCCUGGCUGCACGACGAGCUUCAGCCGGGAGAACAUGAGCCCACCUCCGCUCUUCUGGACUACUGCAAACGGAAGUUCCUCCGUCCCUAUGUGGCCAUCCUGACGCUGGUGGGCCUGAAUCCCAUCUCCACCGAUAUGAGCAGUGUGCGGGCAUGUUGCAGUUACGUCCAGGCUCUGAUGGUUCUAUUCGUCCUGCUGGUGGGAUACCUUUUGCGGUACAUAUGCGGUUACAGAGGCGAUCGUGGCUUCACCAGCUACCGGGACAUUCGACCCAUUAGCAAUGGGACAGAUGGCGGAGCAGUUACUCCCAAUACCAUCGGAGAACUGCUCUUUGGAUUUAUAGUGCCCAGUGGCUUCAACCUCUUAGCUUUCGUGUCAGCUGUGUUGGUCUGCAAGGUGAUCGACCACGAGCAGCUGCAGAAUCUCAUCGAGCGGGUCUUCCUGAUGUCGGCCAAACCGAAGAGGCUCUGCCGAAUGUUGUGGCUCUUUCUGGCCAUUGCACUGGCCCUGCUGAUUCUGCUCUUCGGCUACGCCUGCUGUGUGGUGAUGAUGCAGCCCAGCCAGAUCGUCAAGGUGUCCUGGCUAGCAGAGGCCCUGAGUGACUGGGAGAUGUGGCUGCGAGUGGGUCUGCUGGUCACCAUACUCCUGCAAGAUCUCGUGGAGAUUAUCAUACUGAGCAACUACUAUAUCGAGUGCUAUUUGCUGAGGAUGCAUUUGGAAACGCUGUCGCACAAGCUACUUAUGCACUCCAUCGAUUCACUGGAUUGGAUGAGAGAAGUGCUGGAAUUCCGCAAGCUGCUGGAGCGGCUAAAUCAGCAUGUUUCUAUCCCGGUUUGCUUUCUGAUUGUAAUGAAUCUGGCAUACGCCUUCGCUGGCUUAGUGUACCUCUUCAAGGACUUUGAUUUCCACUACUGCGCCUUGAAGCUCGUCCUACUGAACAUUGCCAAUGUGAUGCUGUGGCUGUUCCUCGGUUUGCUACCCUUUUUCGUCGCCUCCUCGGUGACGCGCGUAUGCCAAAAUGCCCAGGCAAAUGGUCAUCAGAUACGCGUGCGUCCCUUUGUCUACCACAAUACCUCGGCGGAGGAUCUCAACUCGACGCUGCUGUUCGCCGCCUCGCUGGACAUGUCCGCCAAACUCUUCCGCAUGCCCAUCCAGCCGAAUUACCUGUGCUUCGCCAUCCUAGUCGUGGUCAUUGUGAUCCUCACGCUGGGCAUGUGCCUGAAUCUCACCGCCCUGGGCAAAGUAUAACCACUAUACCUAUAAUAAUAAAGAAUUAUAGUAUUUGUCUAGCUUACAACUUUGCGACCCAA